UGCAGGACGGGCUGGCGGGGGAGGAAGGUGACCCGGAACGGCUGUAGGACCGCGCAGGACGCCGGCUCUGCGGUGUCACACAGCGCUCGCUGCGGGGCAGGCAGGGGGCUGCAGCUGCCGGAGAAGCCGCCCGCCAUGUCGACGGUGGCUGCCGCCAGCUGUGACGGGAAGGGUGCGGGGGAGGCGCGGGAAGAGAAGAAGCCGCUGAAGCCUUGCUGCGCCUGCCCUGAGACACGGAAAGCGCGGGACGCCUGCAUCUUUGAGAAGGGGGAAGAAAAUUGUGAGCACCUAAUUGAAGCUCACAAGGAGUGUUUGAGAGCUCUGGGCUUCAAGAUAUGAGUGAGAUGAGUGGGGCUCUGAACGUGAUGGUGACUGUGGUGUGACUGUGUUCUGGGAAGCUGCAAAAUAAAUUAUUUCUACAAAUUACUUCAAACAACAAAUAUAGACAAAGAUUAUUUAUAAAGAGUCUCUAAUGAUAGUCUGUGCAUCAUGUCUAUAGCUUUUCCACUGUUAGCUCUUCUCCACUAUAGAAAAUGUAUUUUUUCCUCUUAAUAAAAACCUGAAAAUGA